AUGGUAAAUCCAAACUGCUUCAAUUAUAAACGCCGGGCCGAGAGCACCCUCCGGGUGGCAGCCGGGACCGCGCCCGCCACCUGCGGCCGCCCCCUCCCCGCCGCCGCCGUUCGGGGCGCGGAACCCGAGCGGGCAGAGGGGGCCGAGGCCGCCAGAGGGUGCCCCCAGCCCCACCCCGCCCGCCGAUCACUUAGCUUUCGUUUCCCCGGUGGCGGUGGCGGCCCGAGAGCGGCGGGGGCGGGACCGGACGAGCCCAUGGCCUCCGCCCUCCGCCCGCGCUCCCCACUGCUGCUCGGGCGCCUCUCGGGACCGCGACGCGGGGUCUGCGCUCCGGCCAUGGCGCCGCCGCACCGCUUCGCGCUGGAGCUGCCGGGCUGCACGUUAGCUCACUUCGCCGUCGGCGGCGACGCCCUCGGCGCGCUCCCCGACCCCAGCGCGGCCGCGCUCCUGGGCCCGCCCGGCCGCAGCUACUCGCUGUGCGUGCCGCUGGCGCCGGGCGGGGACUGCGCGGCCCGGGUGCGGGCGGCGCGGCUGCACCAGCGCCUGCUGCACCAGCUGCGCCGCGAGCCCCUCCGGCGGUGCCGGCUGCGCCCGCUGCUGUGCUACGGCCCCGGCGGCGGGGCGGGCGGCGUGCAGCACGGCUUCCUGCUCCACGACCCCAGCGACAGCCCCGACACCCGGCGCGCGUUGUUCUCCCUGCUCGGCGAGUCCCCGGAGGGCCCGCGUCUGGGCGAGUUCGUGGGCGACGCGCGCCUUCAGGUGUGGCAGCGCCUGUGGGAGCUGCGGGACGGCGCGGGGUGGCGGCAGGUGGGCCCCCGCGAGCGCGUCGUGUCCGCCCCGGAGCCCGCCCUGCACCCGGUGGUGCCCGACCUGCCCAGCUCUGGGGUCUUCCCGCACCGGGAGGCCGCCCGCGCAGUUCUGGAGGCGUGUAUACCCUUCAUUCCUGAAGCCCAGGCAGUGCUUGACCUGGUGGACCAGUGCCCGGAGCAGGCCCAGAAAGGAAAGUUCCCGGUCAUUGCCAUCGAAGGACUGGAUGCCACAGGCAAAACCACUGUGACCCAGUCAGUUUCAGACUCACUCAACGCUGUGCUCUUGAAGUCACCACCCGCUUGCAUCAGCCAGUGGAGGAAAAUCUUUGAUGAUGAACCAACUAUCAUUAGAAGAGCUUUUUACUCUUUGGGCAAUUAUAUCGUGGCUUCUGAAAUAGCUAAAGAAUCUACCAAAUCUCCUGUGAUUGUAGACAGGUACUGGCACAGCACGGCCGCCUACGCCAUAGCCACUGAGGUGACCGGGGGGCUCCAGCACCUGCCCCCGGCCCAUCAUCCUAUAUACCAGUGGCCUAGGGACCUGCUCAAGCCCGACCUGGUCUUGCUGCUCACAGUGAGUCCCGAGGAGAGGAUGCAUCGGAUUGAGCGCCGGGGCAUGGAGAGGACCAGAGAGGAAGCUGAACUGGAGGCCAACAGCAUAUUCCGUCAAAAGGUAGAAGUGUCCUAUCAGCGGAUGGAGAACCCUUGUUGCCAUGUGGUUGAUGCCAGCCCCUCAAGAGAAGAAGUCCUCCAGAUGGUCUUAAGCGUAAUCCAAAAUAAUU